AUGUAUUUCAAAAGUAUUUCAUUGGUAUGUACGUUCUGCACGAUCCUGCUGCAGUCAGCACCACCAACAUCUCAGCAUCAGGUCCUGAUGUUGCCAAUAAAUAUGAACUCUCAUCAUAUCUAUUUCGCCAGAUUGGGACAAGGUCUGUCCAAGUUGGGGCACUACGUCGAAAUGAUAGUUCCCUCCAAUGCAAAAAUCUCGCAAGAAUUCAGUAAUGGGAGUUUCGUCAUUACAAAAUAUCAUGUUGAAUCAAACGUUUCCGUCUUCAACACAAAAGAGACAUCAGAUUUCUUAACUAGUUUUAGCUUGAACAAACCAAAUGGUUUUCAAUACAUGAAAAGAGGAAUUGCAAUGUUCAAUUAUUUGGUUGAAGGAACGGAUACUGAUUGCAGGACAUUAAUGACGAAUAAAGAGUUGAUUGAUCAAUUGAUGCACAACAGAUCAUUUGAUUUAGCAAUAUUAGAUGUAAUGAGCACCGAUUGUUACGUAUUUCUGCCAAAGUUGUUGAAGAUAAAAUAUUUUCUCUUCUCUAUAUCUUUCGAAACUUGGUUUUUUGGUAUUCCGAGACUUCCUUCUUUUGUUCCAAGCAACAGGGCGACACAUUCAGAUCGUAUGACAUUCUCGCAAAGAUUUCAAACAUUUGUUGCAGAUGGUUUAACUAUGUUAACGUACAUGGUACUACCAAGACCACCAUUCUCGAAAGAAUUUUUUAACCAAACUUUCAAAAGUGAAUUCUUUUUUGACACUUUCAAAAAUGUGAGCUAUUAUUUGUUUUUGGAAGAUCUAACUUUAGGAUACCCACGCCCGAACAUGCCUAACACGAUGAGUGUUGGAGAUAUUGUGGUUGGCUAUCCAAGUUACCCUCUUCCAUACGAGUUGGAUAAAUUUAUAGGAAACUCAAACGCCAUAUUAGUUUCAUUUGGAAGUUAUGUAGAAUACCUAAAUGAAGAAACUGUGAAAAAGUUUUGUUCUUCUUUCCAAAGGUUGGAAAACUAUAAAUUUAUUUUCAAGUCAAAAAACAAAACACUUUGUGGCGAUCACUCCAAAAAUUUGUUAAUUCAGCCAUGGAUCCCCCAAAACGAUUUAUUAGCUGACAGUCGCAUAAAACUGUUUGUAACCCACGGUGGAUUCAACAGCAUGAUGGAAAGUGUGUAUCACGCCAAACCCGUUGUUAUAUUCCCAUUAAUAAAUGAUCAGAUCAGUUUGGCUUCAUACGCUGAAAGACACAAUUAUGGAGUUGAAAUGGACUUUGGUAACUGGAAAGUUGAUGAACUUAGAAACAACAUAAUUCGUGUUUUGACCAACAAAACAUUUGAAGAAAGUAUUAAAAGGUCAUCCGAUAUACUGAGAGAUAGGAAAACGUCAGCUGCUGAAAGAGUUUCAGACGCCAUAAACCACGUGGUGAAGUAUGGAGAUGAACAUUUGAAGUCUGGUGCACUGGAUUUGUAUUGGUUUCAAUUUAUCAUGUUCGACAUCUUCUGCGUUUUGCUAUUAACAGUUUUAUUUGUCGCACUAAUCGGCUGGGCUAAUUACGGCAAGUUAUUUUAUACGGCCCGCGAAGACUUGUUCGCUAAAAAAAAGUCGCCGGCCAGACAAUAUGACCAAAAAAAAGGAAAAAAGAGCUACAAAUCUUAA